AUGUCUCUCCACACGUCCUACCACGCCGACUCCGAUGCAGACGACGAGUACGAGCGCAGUGUCAUCACUUCCCCCCACCUGGCCACCGAUUCUGAGGCGUCUCCCUCUGAAUCCGACUUCCCCUCUUCCGAGCAGACCCCGACCACGUUUGCAAAUGCCGACGAACACCCCAAAUCCCCCAGAACCAUCAUCACCGAAUGGACAGCCGAGGAAUGUGCACACUUUCUUGCCGCCCUCGGUCUCCGUCAAUAUUGUCAAUCUUUCCUCGAAAACGAGAUCGUGGGGGAAGCGCUUAUUGCUCUGAAACAUGAUGAGUUGAAGGAAAUGGGGAUCGCUAGCGUGGGGCAUCGAUUAACGAUUCUCAAGAGUGUCUAUGAAACGAAGGUGAAACAAGAUAUACCGUUGGAUGCAGACCAUUAUAUUCCUCUUUCGGCGGACCAAAGUAUGAAUGAAACUGCGUCACAGGAAGAUGUCGCACGGCUGAUCCAAUCCAUUCGGUUGCGAGAUGAACGAAUCGUCACCGUCGAGUCCGAGCUGCGUCGCAUGGCGGAGGACUAUCGUCGGUUGAGAGAAGAGCUUCUGCCGGUUUUCAAGAUGGCCAAGGACCGUUCGCAGCCGUUGCCCCCUCCCACGUCCAUGGCCAGUUCGGGCCCAGACGGAUACCACGAUAGUCAGCAGACGCUGGUGUCGCCUUCCGGCAUCACUCUCCUGGAGCGCUCAGCUACCCUUUCUCGACAAAUCUCCAAAAGACUUCACACAGGGGGCACCACCCCCAAGAACAAUUCCCCCACUCAUAUCCCACCCUCAAUUCAUGAAGGCCGUAUGUAUCACGACAAUGGCGUGUUAGACCCCUCAUCGGCACUCUACACGAAUGGAAAGUCGCAGCUGUCCCCGGGGAUCCCGUCUCCCACCUCUCCAGGUGUCCACUAUACCGCCGCGCAGACUUUGGGGUCUCGAUCAUAUCAGCCCACCCCCAACACUAGCCGCAGUCCCUACGACCACCACGACGACGCCUCGGCAACGCAAACCCGUGAACGUUUGAAUCCUACCCCAACACAACCAAAUCGUCCCGACAUCCCGACCCGAUCAGAUUCCAGAGCCGGUAAUGGCAAUGACCCACCAAGCGUGGAAAUAUUCAAGUCGUUCCGUGUCUCCAUGGAGGAUCCCUGCUAUAAGGUUCUUCCUGCUGCCUUGAAGAAGUACAACAUCAAUGCCGACUGGAAGCAAUAUGCACUGUAUAUUGUGUAUGGCGACCAGGAACGUUGUUUGGGCUUGGAUGAGAAGCCGCUCAUUCUCUUCAAGCAGCUGGAAAAGGAGGGACGGAAACCGAUGUUCAUGUUGCGAAAACAACUCCAACACCCCGUGGAAAACAGCUAUCCGCCAGUCAAUCCUGUGCCUACCAGUGCUGGGUUUGAAAGCAGGCAAGCACAGAUCAAUUUACCCGGCGGAGUGCUAUGA